CGCGCUCCCCACCCCCGACCCCUAAGCGGCUCUUGCUCGGCGGGCUCUGCGCCGCUUCGCCGGUGCAGCGCAACGCAGGGCAGUGCUUCUGCCUUUCAGCAGCGGAGAGACUGCUGCGGAACCAGUUGAAAGUAAGUUGCGGAUAAGACACUGUACCUUUGAAUACUUCAGCAUUUAUCUCCUAAGAACAAAGAUAUUCUCCUGGUUCAGGACAAAAAGGCUGGGCCGGCUGGCGCCAUCAUGGCAGAGAAAGUGAACAACUUCCCACCACUGCCCAAAUUCAUCCCACUGAAGCCAUGUUUCUACCAAGACUUUGAGGCCGACAUCCCUCCCCAGCAUCUCAGCAUGACCAAGCGCCUCUACUACCUCUGGAUGUUGAACAGCGUCACGCUGGCCGUGAACCUGGUGGGCUGUCUCGCGUGGCUGAUCGGAGGCGGGGGAGCCACCAACUUUGGCCUCGCCUUUCUCUGGCUCAUCCUCUUCACACCCUGCUCCUACGUCUGCUGGUUUCGGCCCAUUUACAAGGCCUUCAAGACUGACAGCUCCUUCAGCUUCAUGGCAUUCUUCUUCACCUUCAUGGCCCAGCUGGUCAUCAGCAUCAUCCAGGCUGUGGGCAUCCCAGGCUGGGGCGUCUGCGGCUGGAUCGCCACUAUCUCCUUCUUUGGAACAAACGUUGGCUCAGCGGUGGUGAUGCUUAUUCCCACUGUCAUGUUCACAGUUGUGGCUGUCUUUUCUUUCAUCGCCCUCAGCAUGGUUCAUAAGUUCUACCGGGGCAGUGGAGGGAGUUUCAGCAAAGCUCAGGAGGAGUGGACCACGGGGGCAUGGAAGAACCCACACGUGCAGCAAGCAGCUCAGAAUGCAGCCAUGGGGGCGGCCCAGGGUGCCAUGAAUCAGCCCCAGACUCAAUAUUCUGCCACCCCCAACUACACAUACUCUAAUGAGAUGUGAGCCAGCCGAGCCUACUGAAAGGCAGGGCUGAGGGCUGGUGGGAUGGGGGCUCAAGCCCCAUCAUCUAUUGUGGUGACCAAGCAGGGUUCCCCCUUCCUUUUUCUCCUCUCCCUUGUCUUUUCUCCUCCUCUUUGUACAAGAUAUCUAUAUCUAUAUCUGUAUGAUUAUAUAGAUAUAUAUAUAUAUCCCCCUAGCCCCUUUGGAUUUUGCUCUGAGCAUUCUGAGAGCUAUGGGCUGCACAUGUGUCCCAUGUGCAGUAGCUGUGUCCAUGUACCCUGUGAAAUAGUGUGCAAUGGAGGUCUCUGUUGUCCUGGUGCUAGAUGUGUGUUUAGAACUAAACCAGCCUCCUCCACCCUCUGCCAGGCCACUCCCUCUGACUGACCUUGGCCCAGGAACCCAUCAUGGGGCAGGUGUAUAGCAGAGAGAGCCUGACUCCCUCCCCAGGGUUAAGAGCUGAAGCUGCUUCCACUUUUGGUCUGAUUGGGAAGCAACACUAUUUAGUACUCAUGGUGGUGGGGAUGGUGGUGGUGGUGGGUUGGAGGGUGGGGACAGGCAGGGGAUCUUCCCUUGCUCCUCCUGAUCUGGGUCUCUUCUUCUUCAGCCUCCUCCACUCCUUUCUUCCUACUGUCACAUUCCCUGUGGUCUCUUUCCCAGGGUUUCUCCCUUCCCAUGGGGCUUUUCUUUGUCUUCCCCAAGGCUAAAUAUCCCAAUUGUAUCUGCUCCUAAGACUGAGCCCAUUCUCAGAAGAAGCAGCAGAUAGGGGAGCUGAAUCUUAUCCCUGAUGCGAGAGGGCACGCAGAUGCAGAGCCCCUCUGUGCACCUGACUUCUGGGAAAUGGCAGUGCAGGGUCAUCUCCCUGAUUCUCAGAGCUUGGCCUAUAGAGGCAGGCUCCUAUCUUCCCUUCCCUGCUCCCCCUCCUUCUCUUCUCAGAGCCCUCUCAAGCCCCUCAGCCUAUGUCUCUCCCCAAAUCCCCAGCUGCUGUGGACUAUUGCUACCACCCUACCCUGCCUCCCCUGAAGAAUUGGGAGGUGUCCAGUCAAACAUGCAGCUGGAACAGAGGAUAUGUAUAUAAUUAUUGGCUUCUGGGUGAAGUCUGGCUGGCUCAAGCCUGCUGGGAGGUACUAGGUGUCUCUGGGUGACUGACCAUUGGAUUCCUGGCAGCAGCAGCUAUUCUGGGUGGAUCUGGUAGAAGGGAUAGGCUCAAAGGGCUGGGCCUGGAGGGAAGAUCAGAGGAGAGGACAGGCAGGGCCCAGUGAGAGAGGGGCAUGACUCUCCGACGCCAGUUUGCCUUUGGUCACAGGGCAGUUCUGGGCACUUGAACUCAUAAACCAGGAAGAAGCACAGGUCCAGUCUUAUCUGCAGGUGUAAUGGCUGGAUUGGGAUUUCAGGUUAGUAACAGUGGGAAGGGAGGCUCUCUGGCCACCCGCCCCCCACCCCAACAUUAAUAUAACUUGCCCCCUUUUGUCUACUGGCCUUGGUUCUUGGCCCUUCUUCACCCUGCCAGAACCCCUUUCUCUUCCAUGACAGUGAUUUCAGGCCUGUAAGGCUAUUCUGUUUCAAGCGUUAUGCGAAUGUUACUGGUAAAGACCCUGGCUCUCUGAGGCCUGGAGUGGAGUGGAUUCUCACUCAUGGAAUAACUGCUUGUUUUCCACUCUCCCUUCUACCUGGGUAAUUGUCCUGAAAAACCAAACCCUGUUUGGCCAAUGUGGGCUGGUUCUAGCUUAGAACUCAGCACCUGGGCUUCCAGGUACAAUCCUGAGCUUUGAGCUCCACAUACUUCAUUUUCAUAUAAGGGGAACCAGGACCUCUGGAAAGUUCUCUUCCUAAUGGUCCCUUAGGUUUGGGCCAGAUUGUGAUUGGCUGUCUCCUCUACCACUUUCUGGAAAGCAUUUGUCACAGCCCCUAGUACACUAGGUUUAGGUUCUUCCUCCCCUGUCCCUCCCCCAGCCCAGACUUCUGGUUCCCUUUCUUUGGGUCUCGUAACUCUAGGAGGCCCAUGCUCCAGCUGCCAGCCCAGAAUCCAUGAUCUGCUAGUUACCACCUCCAGUUGAUUUCCCUCCCUACUUUCCUUUCCUUUGUCCUGGCUUAGACCUGGCUGUGCUCUGACUGCCCCAGGGAAGGCCUGCUACUUGUGUGUGGUUGAGUGUGUCCAGGCCCUGGAGUGCUGCAUCUCCAGGCAACUAUGCACUUUCCUGGUGAAGGAGCCAAUAUAAAAAGUGGGGAGCUAGGCCCAGAUUCAUCUCUGCUGGGUGGUUUUGGGGGUGGGAUGGAUGAAAGCCCAGGUCAGUUCUGGGAAUCCUCAGGUCUGCAGCCAGCCAGUGACCUGCUUUUGUAUUCUGCUGGUGCCCACUGCUGCUCCUUAUUUCUGGGAGACACAGACCGUUCUUCAUCUGGCAGUUGACCUGCCUGAGCCAGUGUGUCUGUCUGUGGUAACUGAGAGAACAAUAAUAAAAGGGAACAUUUGGCCCUAUG